AUGAGUAAACCGUUAGCCUUCGGGCUCAACUUAUCAAAAAAGCCGGGCGCAACGAAACCGAAAUCAGCGCCAUUCAAAAAGAAGUCUGCAUUCGGAGAUGACAAUGAUUCCGAUAACGAAGGCCCAAGUACUGGCGAGAAAUUGGAACAAAUUGGUGGCGACCUCGACGAUUUUACAACAGCAGCGCACGGCGCUGAUUCGCGAAAGGCUUCAAAACAAAAGUCCGGCACAUCCACACAACCGCCAAAGCUGAAACCAAAAACUCAACCGAAUGUCAUGUUUGGCGAUCUGUCGACCUCGCUAGCUUCGAGAAAAAACGCCGAAGCAGCCACAGAACUGGACUCGAGUGUGUACGAAUACGAUUCCGUGUACGAUUCAUUAAAACCGAAAAAGGAAGACGUAAAGGAAGACGUGGAGCGCAAACCCAAAUACAUGAAGAGCCUUCUACAAGCGGCUGAAGUUCGUAAGCGGGAUGCGCUAAUCGCGGAGGAGAAAAAGAUUGCCAGAGAGCGAGAGGCAGAAGGAGAUGAAUUUGCAGACAAGGAGAAGUUUGUGACGGAGGCAUACAAAAAGCAACAAGAAGAAAAUAGGAGAUUAGAAGAGGAAGAGAAGCGAAGAGAGGAAGCAGAGGCCAAGAAGAACGAGGGCGGUGGUAUGUCGGCAUUUUACAGGAAACUUCUCGACAAGGACGAGGCGAGACACACCGAAAUCGUAAAAGCGGCUGCGGAAAAGGCCAAGGAAGGACCUGUGGUGGAACAGGAUGAGAGUGUAGAGAAUGACAAAGAAAAGGCAGAGGCGGAUUUGGUUCGCGAGAUGAAUGAACAGGGUGCAUCUGUUGCUGUUAACGAAGAUGGCCAAGUUGUGGACAAACGACAACUUCUGCGAGGCGGGCUGAACGUAGGUGCCAAGAAGAAGGAGGAAGCUCGCAAAGAAGCUGAACGGCCCAGAGAACCAGAGAGGAGACCCAUGAAUGGUGCGCAAUUUGGAAGAAAGCAGGCAAUGAGGGAGCGUCAAACGCGCAUGAUGGAAGAGCAGCUGGAGCAGUCGCUUAAGCGGUCGAGAGAAGCUGAAGAGUCACAGCGUCAAGAGGUUGAGCGCGCAUCGAAGAGCCAGAAGACAGAAGGCGAAAUUUCCAGUGCAAAGGAACGAUAUCUUGCCAGGAAACGGGCGGCCGAGGAAGCGAAGAAACAGGCGGGAGGGGAAUAG